CCAUCAGCGACAGCGUCACGUCCACUACCUUCUAUCGACGAACGUUCCUGAGGCAGCUUACUUAAUAGCACUUUGCGGCUAGAGCUAGCUGACUUUGCUUGCAAGUUUUCCGAAGGCCCUCUUGUAAUCUCUCUUGACUGUAACCGUCCAGACUUUGUCCAAGGCAUUAAGCAACAUGGCCAUCGCCGGUGCGACCGUGGACGACCCGCAGAGUCUUGGCAUCGCGGUGCUGGGCCUCGUGGUUGCCCUCGCCAUCUACACAGUUGUCAUUAUCAAGCCAGCCCUCAACAAGUACGCAUGAUCGGUCCAUGGCGAACGGCGCGGGCCUGAACCGUGCCCACUCUGGCGGGAACCAGGCGAUGCUGGCGAGCACGGCGCCCGGCGCCCAGCUCGCCUCGGACCCGGCCUCGGACUCCAGCUCCGCGGCCUCAGCGGUGCCUGCAGACAGAUUGCCAGGCGACCAGGCCUCGGGGGUUGCGGCUGCAGGUGGAGCUGCGGGCGGUGCUGCGGCGAUGCCCUCGGCCGAUGUGGCAACGCCCGCAGCUCCGACGCCUCCGCCUCCCCCCGAUCAUGGCCAGGCCAACGCAGGAGGCAGCAGCAGCAUUGCUGGUGAAGGAGAGGCCCGGGAAGUUGCGGAGAGUGAUGGUGCCAAGUCGGGUCCCGCUUCGGCGGGGACAUACGCCAUCGCACGUUCGGCGGCGGAGCCUGACCACGCGGCGGCGGGUGGGAUGGGUGCGGCAGCGGGCGGCGGUGCGAGUGAUGAAGGCGGUGUAGGUGGCGGAGGCGGUGGCAGCGGCAGCGGCACGGAGGCUGUUGCCGGUGGGAGCAGCGGCGGCGGUGGUGGCAGCGGCGGCCCUGCAGGUGCCGCUGCCGCUGUCGGGCCGGCAGCAAGCACCGGCACCGCGGCCGGCAGCGGCGAUGCCGGCAGAAGCAGCUCCACCGCUCCCACCCCGCCACCGCCUCUGCUACCAGACGUCCCGCUGGCACCCGGCACCACCCCCGACCGCACCACCCCCACAAACACCACCACCGCCACCUCCACCACCGCCACCUCCUCCACCUCGCCCAUACUCCAGCUGCCCUCCCUAGCCGUGGGCCGGCCCCUGGGUCCCUCCGCGUCUGGCGGCGGCGGCGCUCCCGGCGGGGGCCCCAUGCCACCUGGCGGCGGCGCUGCUGCUGCCGGCGUGUCGGGCCUGGUGGCUUCCUCCGCCGCCUCCCCCUCCCCCUCCGCCUCCUCCGCCUGGGGCCUGGUCUCCAGCUCUGUGGUGGAGCUGGUCAGCCGCGAGGUGAUCCGCAAGCUGAGGCUGGCGGCGGGGGCGGGCAGCGCCGAGGACAGACACGUGGUGUGUGAGGAGCUGUUCGCGGACAUCACCUGCCCCCUGGACGCGGCAGCCAUGGCGGCCAUGCUGGGGAGCGGAGGGGGGGCCGGAGGGGGGCCCGGAGGCUGGAGCGGAGGAGGAGGAGGGUGGGCAGCUGGGGGAGGGUGGGGCGGAGGAGGAGGAGCUGGGGGAGGAGGGGGCAGGGCGGCAGGCACGCCUACGGCGGCCGCGGCGGUGGCCGCGGCGGCGGCGGCGGCGGCGGCCGCAGCAGGGCCAGCGGGCGAGGGGCCCACGGCGGCGGCGGUGGGGGCGGUGGGGCCGCGCGCUGGCGAUAGCGGCGGCGGGGCGGCUGGUGGUGGCGGCGGCGGCGGUGGUUCCAGUGGCGGGCGAGGACGUCUCUACUACGAGGUGCUGGCGCUGCACUACGCCACUCGGGCGGGCGCCGACAGCGCUCGGGCGCUGCUGCACCUGUGCCAGCUGCAGUGGGACACACCCUGGGUGGCGCCCAUCUACUCGCUGCUGCUGCACAGGUUCCUGCUGCUGCCUCGGGAGCACGGCGGCGGCGGCAGCAGCUCCCCAGCCGUGUCGUCACUGAGUGGCGGCGGCGGCGGCGCCUCAGCCCCCGCCUCUCACGCCUCCCUUCCCGCCACCACCGCCUCCGCAGCCGCUCAGCCGACCUCCCCCGCCGCUGGCGCCGCCGCCGGCUCUGGCGGCGGCUCUGGCGGCGGCGGCUCCCAGGCUUCACGGCCUCAGGGCCGUGUCAGCUUCGCGCCAGCCGCUGUCACCGCCGCCACCGCUGCUGACAUUAGCACACCUGCCGCCCCCGCCGUCGCUGACAGUGACGGCAAGCUAGGCGCCGACGCAGCCGCUGCAGCCAAUGCUGCCGCCGCUGCUACAGCCGCCACAGCCGCUGCUACAGCCAGUGCCAUCGCUGCUACAGCCGCCAGCCAGCACCGGGUCAAGCACCUCAACGUGUUGGCGCACGGGGCGAGGCAGCUGCUGCUGGGGGACGUGCACUCGGGCCUGUUCCGCUUCCAGCCACUGUGGUGCUUCCUGGCGGGCGAGGUGGCGGGGCUGCCGCUACAGCCGCCCGGGCCCGGCAGUAGCAGCGGCAGUAGCGGGAGCGGUGGGGGCGGCGGCAGUAGCAGCAACGGCGGCAGGAGGAGUGGUGGAGGCGCACACGAGGGCGGCGGGGCCGCGCUGGAGGCCGGCAGUGCGCCCGACCCUCACGGCAGUAGCAUGAACGGCCGCCGCGAUGGCGCCAACGGCAGUAGCGGCGGCAGCGGCAGUAGCAGUGGCAGCGGCGCGGAGCCGGGGCCGGCCGGCGGCAUCAUGUGGGCGACUGCAACCGAGGCAGCGGCAGCGGCGGCCGCCGGCGGCGCCGCCUCCCCUGUGACGCCCAUUGACGCUGUGCCGGUGGCGGCGCGGCCGUGGCUGCUGGCGGUGGCGGCGGCGUUCCUGCCGUACUACUGCCUGGACGAGCAGGUGUCGGAGCUGGCACGCCGCUUCCCGCCGCCGGUACCGCCGCCGUCCGCCGCCGCCACCGCCUCCGCCAGCCCCGCCGCCGCCGCCAACGCCGCCUUCGCCACGGCGGCGGGCUGGGACUUCUUCGUGGUGGAGGUGACGGACGCCCUGGGCCGCAUCCACAGCGAGGCGGGACUGCUCAAGUACCUGCGGGCAAUUCGCGCAUUGGCACGACAGCCGCCGCCACCGCCGCCACCAGUAGCGCCGCCCCCGCCGCCGCCCCCGCCGCCGCCCGCCGCGCCUGCGGCCGCUGCAGCCGCCGCUGAGUCUGAGGCAGCGGCUGGCGCCGGGCCGGCGCAGGGCGCACCAGCAGCAGCAGCAGCAGCAGCUGCUGCGGUGGCGGCGGUGGUGGGAGAUGCAGCGGCAGCGAAUCGUGGCAGUGGGUUGGGAAGAGCGGGGCGAGGGUGGCGGGGCGGCUUUGGUCAGGCGACAUCGGUGGCCGCGGCCGGACCGCCGCCGCCGGCAGCGGCCCGACCGCGGCCGCCGCCGCCGCCACUGGCCGGCCUGCCCACCAUCACCAAACUGCGUCUGCAGAACGAGCUGUAUGCGCUGACCUCGGGCGGCGGGCCGCGGUAUGCGCCGCCAGAGGUCCGGCGCGCGGCGUUCGCUGCUUUGGACGCGCUGUUUCCUGGCGGCCGCUCGCUGCGGCGGCUGGUGCGCUGGGUGAGCCGCACCCUGCACAUGGAGUGGCUGCCCUCUGCGGCGGCGGCAGGGGGCCGGGGCGGCGGCAGGGGCGGAGGAGGAGGAGGGGGGGGAGCAGGAGAGGAGGAGGAGGGCGAGGAGGAGGUGGUGGCGGGCUGGCUGGGCGGCUGGGCGCUGGGCUGGAUCUACUGGCCGCUGCACUGGUGCACCGCCCUGUACGGCAGGAUCCUGCUCGCCAUUUUCCAGCUCAUCUACGGUCUGGUGGUCUGGCGACCCUGGCGGCGACCGGACCGGACCCCUGAGUCUGGCCUGGUGGGCGGCAGGUCGCCUGGUGGUCAGGCGGCGGCUGCGGCGGCACGUGGGCGGGCGGCGGUAGCGGCAAUGGCUCGGGGGCUGUCACCGGCCCGCAGCGGGCUUGAGGAGGAGUGGCAGAGCGAUGCGGGCCGGGGUGGAGGCGGCGGCGGCGGCGGUGGCGCAAGCACGUCUGUGCUGCUGCAGUCCCCCCACCAGCAGCUGCAGCGGCGGCCGGGGCAGUGGCGGUAGCACAGCGCCGCGAUGCCACCGUUAGCGCGGCAGUAGCAGUAGCAGCAGCGGGCAGCAGCAGCAGCAGCAGCAGCUGCAUAGGCGUGGCUGCGCAGCGGUGUGUGUGUGUGUGUGUGUAUGUGUUUCCGGGCAGGCACAGCGGGAGGAAGGCCGUGUGCGUCAUAAGGGUACCACAGAGCUGUUUGCGUGUGUGUAUGUGGGCACAGGCGGGGCGUGGGCGAUGGAUGGCCAGUGGGUCGCGAGCGGGUGUGCUCAGCGGUGUAAGAGCCUGGGACUGUGCGAGGUACUCGCGCAGCCACUCCGGACAGCCGGUCACACAUCGAACCAGGAGAGCCCGUGACCUUUUACGGAUCGCACGCAAUCAGAUGUGAGGACAGCGUCGGGCAGCUAGGAUGGAGCGCUCUGGGUGGUUGCAGUGGGGUAGCGCAGUAGGUCGGCCUGCUGCAUGACGGCGUGUUUCCUUUGGUCAAGACGUCAAGUCAAGAAAGCGUGGGGGGACAUCACGUUUGCUCCGUGCCUUUCCAAAAAGAGGGUAAAUGUUUGCGUGUGUGCUGCACAGGAGAAAUCUACUACGGUGAUAAUGAUGGAGGGGGAGGCACUCAUGGCAGGGGCCGGGGCACUGACACGCGUGCGUUUCGCAUCGGGCGU